AUGACAUGUCAUUCUCAACCCUACACAGCCAUCACUCCAUCUGUCCACGGUUUGAUUUGCUAUGGACCUCCUUCUAAGCUCAUGGUGUACAACCCUAGCACUAGACGGUCCAUUUCUUUGCCUAAUGUCGAUGCUCACAGGAUACGUAUGUACCACUACUUGGGUUAUGAUCCCAUCGAUGGUGACUACAAAAUGUUGUGUAUGAGUAGAGGAAUGCAUGCUCGUAGGGGACGUGGUUUAGCUGAGAAGAUACAAAUAUUGACACUGGGAGAUGGGAGUUCGUGGAGGAUGAUUGAAAACUGUCCUCCUCCUCACUCUCCUGAGUCUCCUUAUAUAUGUAUAGAUGGGGUUUUAUACUAUGGAGCUUAUCUUGACUUAGAAAAGGAUCUUCAGUAUUGGGAUGUGGAUUCGGAUCGACGUACAAUCUCUAUCUUCCCUGGUCAGGUUGAGAAUCUCAUGUUUCUCUAA